AUGACUUACCUGACAUUGGAGGCUAUGAAGACUCUGAUUCUUUUUGAACGUACAAUUCGUGAAAUGCAACGUCAAAAUCUUAAGCUUGAUUCGCUUCACAAGACUAUUUCUAGUCUUUUUCGCCACACGGCAAAGACAUCAACCGAAUUUGCUAACAUGAUAGAACUUCAAAAUACAGCGUCUACCGCUAUUACCUCUUUGUCAGACAGUUUCUGUGCUUUCUGCGACGAAAUACAGGGUGAAUUAACAUUAAAGAAUUUACACGCUCAUGUAACUUCCAAUGCCGACAAGCUUCAAACAACCUUGAACAACCAUGACGAGGAACAGGAUGCUUGGUUUGCAUUGUUACAAAAGUUGUUUGACGAGUUAAGUGGCGUUUCAAAUACCAACCGUGACACUCUUGUGAAAACCUUGAUGAAGGAAUUUAAGAGUCACAGAAAUGUCAUGUUAAACCGUACUCUUGAUCUCAGUGGCCAGAUGAAGUUGAAACUUACCGAUAUGAUGAAAGGCAAAGAAGUUGAUCAGCAAUCAUUAUUGUCUAUCAAAGAUGCUGUUCAGCAUGCCCAAGCGUCUCUGAAAACUAAGCUUGACAAACUUCUCCAAGCCGACGUUCUUACCGAUGUGAAAACCAGCGUUCAAGUGAUUUUUUCUCGUUAUGUCAAAACCGAUAUCACAUCUGGAUUAGACGACAUCACUAAGUUACUUGAAGAGAAUCGAAAGAAACUUGAACUGUUUAACAUUGAAAAUAUUCAAUCUAUGAUGGACGAGAUGCAAGCAAAGUUCAGCAAAGUUGCUGUAAACGUAACAGCUUCUGAUCCACCUCAACCUCAGAUUCCAGUUGAUGUGUCUAAAACCAAUGCUUCUGGUAAGGAUCUUCCUCCUUCCCCUGUCUCGCUUGCAUCCGAAGCCACUAAGAAUGGUUCAGUUCACACUGGUUCUACUUCUUCUGUAGAGAAUUUUCGUUCAGGAUCUACUAGCUCUAGAGGACGUACGCCAACCAAUCCUCAAUUACCCCAAGGUCCAUUGCCGUUGCCGCAACCGCCACAACCAAUGAAUCAGACUUUACUCGAUCCCAAAAUCGCUGUCAUCAACGGAAGCCAAUUACGACAGUUAAGACUGAUAUUACCAAGAACUUACCUCGAUGUUCUUCAAAGAUUAACUCCUCAUGUAUCGAGUUUUAUAAUCACUUCAUUACGUUCGAUUACGGAAUACGAUACAAUGAUUAAUUUGAGACAGAUUAUCAAUUCUUUUGGUCAUCGUCAAUUUUCCUCCUACGACAAUCCUUAUCGAGUUAAUGGUCUCAAGUUUGAUACCGUGGAAAACGGUCGUUUGUUUCUUAUUGAGUUUAUUAGGAUAAUGAUAGCCAAAAAUGUUAAACUUGGCGACUGGUGCUCUGCCUUACUUGAGCAGAUUCCAGUUGAAAUUCGUUAUAGAUGUUGCCAGAUUAGUCAACAAUGCUCAUCUCUCUUCGUUUUGGUAGUCGGGUACCUACUCUCCCGGCACCCAUAUGCCAAUUUGGCGUUGAAAGACACACAAGACUUCUAUAAAUUAAACGAACAAGUUAAUGAAGAUGUCCAUACCUUUUUGACUUGGAUUCUCAAUUGUCUUCAACAGUCAAUGUAUUUGAAAGACACAAUCAAGCUUUUCAAGCAAGUCGUAUACAGACUUAUUCAGAGCUACAGCCUCCGUCAUCUUGAGCCUUUCCUCAAGAUGAAUACUCUUGUUGAUGUGGAAUUGCACUUAUAG